ACUCUCUCUCUCUCUAACACAAACUCACCACUUUCUCUCUCUAAACUAACUUCCCCUUUUCACUUUCUCUCUCUGUUCUCUCUCCUCUUCUUCCUACUUGACUGCUACUAAUAUACACACAUAUAUACAUAUUACACACACAGUGCUUGUAUUGCGCGCCGUUCCGAUGAACUUUCCGGUGCCGGAGUUCCUCAUUACCUGCCGGCGGUACAAGAGCUUCAUUCUCUCACAGUAACUCAAUAUUAUACAUACAGAUAUAUUCGUAUACAUGCACAAAGAAAUGGAGAGUACGACGAAGCUUACGAGAACACAGUCGUCGCUGCUCCGGUCAUCUCCGACGAUCCGAUCAUCAAUACACAGCUUGAAUUCGAUAAAUGAGAUGCAAGAUUACGACAUAGAGGAACAGAAGUUGCAUAAACCGGGUUCCGGGUCACGUCGGGUCCGGGUCAAACCCGGUUUGACCCGGUUCGGACCGGUAAUGGCUCUGGUAGUUCUGUUCGUGUACACAAUAUACAUAUAUUCUAGCGGUGAUGAAAUGAACACAUCAGAGAACUUGUUAUUAGUGUUGAUUUUCAUAGCUGUGGUUGUAUAUAUUGGUGGUAAAAACAAGAAGUUGAUAGCACAAACUUGUGUGGUUUUGAGACAAUUGUUUGUUGAGCAUGUGAGAAAACUCGGGUUUUGCAAGACUAAUAGUAAGCCUGUGCAGUGGUUUAUUGGUGAUUUGGAUUUGUCGAGAAAGGGGAACGAGUUAAAGCCCGAGAAUUUCGUGAAAGAAGGGGUUGAAUUUUAUAGUAAUGGCGAUUAUUACGAAGGGGAGUUUUACAAGGGAAAGUGUAAUGGGAGUGGUGUUUAUAACUACUUUGUCAAUGGGAGGUAUGAGGGUGAUUGGAUUGAUGGAAAGUAUGAUGGGUAUGGGAUUGAGAGUUGGGCGCGGGGGAGUCGAUAUAAGGGGCAGUACAGGCAAGGAUCGAGACAUGGGUAUGGUGUUUAUAGGUUUUAUACCGGUGAUAGUUAUGCUGGGAUGUGGUUUAAUGGACAGAGUCAUGGGACUGGAGUGCAGACGUGUUCCGAUGGGAGUUGCUAUGUUGGGGAGUUUAAGUUUGGGCUGAAGCAUGGACUUGGAUGUUACCAUUUCAGAAAUGGAGAUAGAUAUGCUGGGGAAUAUUUUGGAGAUAAAAUUCAUGGAUUUGGUGUUUAUCACUUUGCCAAUGGCCACUGCUAUGAAGGUUCGUGGCAUGAAGGUCGUAAGCAAGGUUUUGGAAUGUAUACAUUUCCGAAUGGUGAGUCAAGAUGUGGCGAGUGGAACUCUGGCUCCCUUAAAACAGCGUUACCCCCUCUAACUGACGCCACCCUUAGAGCAGUUCAGGCUGCUAGAAAAACAGCCGAGAGCGCGAUCCGCUUACGCCAGGUUGAUGAUCACGUAAAUCAUGCAGUUACAGCCGCAAACAGAGCUGCUACUGCUGCAAGAGUUGCCGCUGUUAAAGCAAUUCAAAACAACGUCGAUGGCAAAUUUUGUGACACUGACCUGUAGAAUUCAAACGUAUUGUUUGAAGUGUAAAUUUUACUUAAUUAGUAUGUACUGUGAAAGUUGAACGCCGCCCCGGUAAAGCAAAAGCUUACCAGAGGUUGAGAAGAGUACAUUUGAGGUUUGGUUAACCACAAUGUAAUCUGUAUAUAAACUAAUAUGUACAUCAAGUAAAGAGUUUAAGAGUUCUUUAUCCC